UCUUGGGUAACAUUCGCAAAUAACAACACCAUCGAGUGAUGAUUCGCUGACGCUGAUGCAACAAACAAAUAAAUUCACCGAACGAACGCAACGGUUCGCAAAGAUAAGCCACCCCGCCAAACAGAAAAAGCAGAUCGUCCGUCGUCGAAUCAUCGAGUUCCCAUUUGAAGCCGAGCUCAUUCACCCUCACCAUUUCUCCGCGCGGUCAUCUCUCCCGUCGUCAUGAUCAUCACCGCGUGUGACGAAUUGAAGCGCGACCGCCUCGGCGGAAUCAAUUUCUUCUUGAAUUACGGAUUUUUUUUUUUCGGGGGGCUCUUAGCUCUUGAUGAGAUUGCGCAAGGCAGAGGUGUUAACUGGUCCACGGUGGCCCACACAGCCGGAGUCAUCUCAAUAGUCUUCCGCGUGGAUUCGGCCCGGCUAGAGGUGAUCGCUCGCUCGUUGAGACGUGUGGCUUUCUCCUACUAUAAGAUCUUUCCCUUAGCGCGCGUGGCCUUCUGGAAGAAUCGUGAUCGUGAUCGAGAUUUCGAGCCGAGAUGCUAAUUAGAGUGAUUUCGUUGGUUUGGUUGGUUGCGGCCGUUGCCGGGGGUGAUGGGCCAGAUUUCAGCUUCGGGGAUGUGGACUUUUCCGUGGAGUACUUCAAGGCGGCCCAUAAUGCAUCCAGCAAUUGUGUGGUGUCGCCGCUUUCCGUGAGGCUGAUAUUGGCGGCUUUUUAUCAAGUGGCUGGCGCUGACGUGGAAGAGACUCUUCAGAGAGCGUUCUAUCUACCGUUAGAGAAAUCAGUUGCUAGUGAUAAUGUGGCUGAGUUUCUGGACGGGAACGCAGGGAACACGCAGCUGCAAAUUGCGUUCAAAGCGUUUAAGAACCAAGAUCAGUUGUCGGAUGUGUUUGCAACCACGUUACAAAAGGCAUUCAAAAUUUCUCCGGAGAAUGUCAAAUUCGAGGACAGGAGUUCCGUAGCCAGCAGUGUCAAUCGAUGGGCAAGAGAAUCAACUAAUGGUCGAAUCCAGCAGUUUAUCAACGAAGAAGACCUGGACGUCAACUCUGAACUUCUACUGUUGAACGCCGUUGCUCUAAAAGCUUCAUGGGCUGAGAAGUUCUCCGUGUCAAAAACGGAUCGUCAAAUGUUCGCUUUCACCAAUGGACCUCGUCCAGUCGACAUGAUGCACGAGACGCUGGAAGUUCUGUACAAGAUCGACAAUACCUACCACACGAUUCAAAUCCCGUACAGCGAAGAUAGCGAUCUCGCAAUGUGGGUCUUGGUUCCCCGAGGAUCUGGAAGCUUCGAUGGGCUCCUGAACUCACUCUCAUCCGGUUUACUCGAUGACAUUGAAACAACAGCCAUGCCCAAGGUCGUCGAUAUCUCUCUGCCACGUUUCCAGAUUCAAUCCUAUCUGGAUGCCAAACACGUCAUCGAACGAAUGGGCUACAGAGUGCUGUUCACAGAGAACGAUUUCAACGUCUUCGAGGGGCGUAAGUCCAGUCUGAGCGAUCUCCGCCAGAGUACUUUCCUUACGGUAGACGAAGAAGGCACGGAAGCUGCUGCAGUUUCAUCCGCCAGCACAAAGUUCCGCUCCAAGAACAUCCAGUUCAACGUGAACCAACCGUUCGUGUUUAUCAUCAAGAAAAUCUCAACCGAUACGACUGUUUUCAUCGGGCACUACUCUAUCUAUCAGUAAAUUAUUUAUCUCUAAUUUAAUGCAAUAAAAAACCUAGUUUUAAGCGUAAUGAAGAAAACAAUGAAAAACAUUCUCGUUCUAGAAAGAAA